GGUCGAGUUCUGGAUGAAGAGGCAGACAAAGUGCUCACCACAAUGAAGACUCGUGUCAAGGGCCGAUUUGCCACAGGUCAAUGUGAUGCAUGGAAGAACAUCACCAAGACGUCCAUAGUUGCAUCAAUGUUGAACGUCGAAUACAAGGCACUUGAUAUAUCUGCGAAGGCCAAGAACGCUGAGAAUUUGCUCGAGAUCGUCGUCAACGAGAUCAAAUACUGCCGUGACGUACUCGAGACAGUGGUGGUCGCAUGGUGCACGGAUUCGAGUGGCGAGUCUUUGAAGAUGUGUCGCCUUCUUCGUGAGCGAUUUCCUUGGAUUGUGACAGUGGUGUGCUGGGCGCAUCAGCUCAAUCUCGUCGUGUCCGAUUACCUCAAAUUGAAGCUCCCGCAUAUCCGUGUUGUUGAUCAAGCUUUGGAAGUGAUCAAGUGGUUCAACAAUCACAGUCGGGCUCUGGGGCUCCUGAAGGAGAAGAUGAUGGAGAAGCUAGCGAAGGUUUAUGCGUUGAUUUUACCAGUCAUUACCCGCUGGACAUCGCACUUCCUUUCAUGCCGGCGACUGCUCCGCAUCGAGAAUGCCAUGCGGACCCUUGUGUUGGACUCGCGCAAUCAACUGAUCGUGUGCGCGGGCGAUAAGGUCGAACUGAAAGCGAAGGCGACUGAGAUCCUUGAUCUCAUCAGCGAGCCGUCUUUCUGGCGUAACCUUGCAGAGAUCGAAAAGUCACUUCGCCCUCUCGCCAUCGCGACUUAUGCAACUGAAGCGAAUAAUGCCCGCUUGGACAUUGUCUUGCUGACUCUUGGCCACCUCUACCACAUAUUCAGCAGCCUGGACCUGGAGAAGCGCUGGAAACAAGCCGAUCAGGAAGUCUUCGUCCUUGCGGUUCUCUUUAACCCUUACCUGCGGCGAAAGGCCUUCAACCCAGACAACGCGCUUUUCACCGAGGCGUCACUCUGGGGAAUGGUUGAUCGAUGCUUCCGCCGCAUGUUUCCUUCACCAGAGUACGCACCACCCGAUUACGAGAUGCGCCGUGCAUUUACAGAUUAUCUGACUGGGCUCGGGACCUUCUCCGACGAGGCGAUGAGCCUCGAGCUCCUGAAGAGGAUGGCAGAUGCAGAGAAAUCCUUUGUCGAUCUCGUCAGUGUCUGGCGGUCGUGCUGGACUCCUGGAAAGACAACAGGACCCGAGGGACUGGUUGUCCUUGCUAUGCGGAUACUCAGCAUUGUGCCCAACUCUGCCGCGACGGAGCGGCUCUUCAGCUUGAUGGGUACAAUACAUACCGAUCGACGCAAUCGUCUCGAUGCUGGAAGGGUUCGCAAGAUGGCCUUGGUCAAAGGUGACAUUAAUACACAG